AUGUCAGUGAUGCACGUGUCGUGCCUGACCAUGGCCUGCGCAUUCGUCGCCAUCACCUUCAUUCUCUCCUUCUUCCACCUCUACUUUGUGCUCAAAUAUGUGUCGAAUGAGAGGAUACGCAACGAUAUGUACUCGCUGGUCUUCAUGUUUCCGGUAUAGGCGAACUUUGACAUUUCCACUAUUUUUUGUUGAUUUUCAGAUAACCACGUUUGCUAGUCUCGUCGGCAUGUUCAUUCCUCGCGCCGCCGUCUUUUUGUAUGCAGUCUCUCUAGUGUAAGUUUCAAUGAGUAUCGUAAUCUUCAUCGUAAUCGCCCCCCACCCCCGCUAUUUCAGCUACUUCAUGUUUACUCUCUUCAUAAUGGUAACUCUUCUAUUCAACAUUUUCGGAGGCCGUCAGGAGAUGUCCGCCUUCCUUCUUCAACGCAAUAUUCGCGUCAAUUUCGCAGUGCCACCCAUUUGUUUUUGCAAAUUUUUGCCGAGUGUUGAGAGCACCGAGUAAGCCACCCAUCGCGAAGCUUUUGGAAUCCUAGAGAAACGUUGCGAAUUUCAGUCAAAACUUGCGACGGAUCGAGUGGUUGGUCUUUCAAACUCCGAUCAUCCGAACGCUUUUGGAGCUCAUCAACGUCGUCGUUUCUAUGGAACAAGAGGGCCGGCGGGAGAGCAUGUACGUGGAUGGGCUCUAGAAAAUGAGAGGAGUCUUUAUGAUGUCAUUAAGUUCAUAGUGGGGUGUUGAAAAGUGUGAAAACUGACAAACUUCAUAAAAACCUACUCCUCCUCCUUCCAGCUGGUUCGUCUUCUCUCAACUUCUCGCGCUCCUCUCCAUGUGCAUCGCCUUUUACGGAUGCUACGUGAUGGUCCCGCUCGGCCGCCAGAAGCACGCUCCGUACCGAUUUGACUUCCUGUUCCGCACGUGCGACAUCGCGCAGUGCAUCUACACAAUUCAGAAGUUUGUGUUCGAAUUUGCCGCCGCUGUCGGACUCAUUACCUCGGAUCGAUUUCUUCCGGCCGCCGCCAAGGCGCUUUGUGAGUUUUCCUACCGAUUCGGGGGAGUUUUGAGGUUCGAAAACUAAUUGAAUUUUGAGCGAAAAAAGAAGAAAACACCUGGGAGUAUUGCGUAAAUUAGAUUGCAUUAACGUCAUCUGUUGGCACAAGGUUUUGAGAAUAGAAUCAUGGGAAUCAGAGUUCAGACGGGGCACCAGAGUCUUUUUGAGCUGCCGUAAUCUCACAAAAUACUAGAAAAGGGUGUUACAAGCUUUUAGAAUGGUACCGCACUUAGUAGGGAACUGUAGCUCACUUCCUAAACUACCGUAUUGCAGGGUGGGCUUCGUUCAUGUGCACGUGGGAAAUGAUGCUUCUCUCGGCGCUCUGCACGUACUGCCUGCGGCCGAUCAAGUGCAAAUUCUUUGAUUUGUACCCAGGAAAUGAUAUGCCUGUCUCGUCCCCGUCGCCUCGCGAUCCCCCCAACUCGCGGCUCUCCCGACGGAGCCAGAUCGAGUACGAACCGAGAAUAGCCGGACAGAGUCUGGAGCCGUUGGACCAGUUGGAGAGGUCCUUGAGCUCACGGAGCAUCCGAAGUGGCUCCGGACGCCAUAAUCAUCAGAACAACAUCAACAACAAUAAUAAUGUGCCGAAAAGUGCGGCGACGGCAGAAGCAGCCCAUCAAAUUGUGCCGCAUUUCGAUGAUAACUUUGAUUCGAUUUCUCAAAUCAAUGCUUGA